AUUCAUUUAAAACAUUGUUUUGUUUUCUUUUCCAACCAACAAUUUAUAAAACUUAAUAGAGGAUACUCUGAAGGAUUUGCUAAUUCAUUAAUAUCCACCCCUUGCCUUAGAAAAAGAAGGGGAAAAACCACGCACAAAGACGCGUGAAGACUAAAAAAAAAACAACCCCCCGGUACUGUAGACCAUAACAUGAAGACCAUAGACUUAACCAGAAGCCAUGAGGUGACUUCUGAAUCCUCGAUAAGGAUGGCCGAGAUCAGUAAGAUCAUCUACAAGGCCAAAAAGACCACGGUCUUGACUGGGGCCGGGAUCUCGUGCAAUGCCGGGAUUCCAGACUUUAGAUCUUCCGAUGGUCUCUACAACAUGGUCAAGGCCAAACACCCGAAACUGGUGGUAAGAGGCCAGGAUCUCUUUGACAUCUCACUCUUCCGUGACGAGACGUCACUCUCUGUGUUUUGUACGUUUAUGGAGGCACUUUACACGUCUACAUUGGCUGCCAAACCAACCGAAACUCAUAAAUUUAUUAAAACUUUAAAGGAGAAGAAAAAACUUUUAAGAUGUUAUACUCAAAAUAUUGAUGGGUUAGAAAAAAAUCUUAAUUUAAACAUUGGAUUAAGUGAAGAAUUACUUACUAAUGAAAUGAAUUCAUCUAAUUUUACCAGACUGUGGAAAGAUUUAGAUGUGGUACAAUUACAUGGAGAUCUUCAUAAGCUUUCUUGUACACAUUGUUUCACCAAUUAUAACUGGACAAGAGAAUAUCAAGUACAAUUAUCCGAUGGAACCAAUCCAGAAUGUUCCAAUUGUCAUGAAAAAUAUAUGGAAAGACUUUAUUCUGGUAAGAGAAUGACGGGGAAUAUUGGACUUUUAAGACCAUCUAUUGUAUUAUACGGUGAAAAUCAUCCUCAAGCGGAAUUUUUAGCUCGUGGACUUAGUACUGAUCUUAGAUCAAGACCUGAUUUACUUAUUAUCAUGGGUACUUCCUUGAAAGUGGAUGGAGUUAAGAAACUUGUAAGGUCACUUGCAUCAUCCAUUCAUGAUAAAGGCGGGAAAAUUGUGUUUGUCAACAAGACUCCAGUCAGUACAUCAUGGUCAGGUAUCAUUGAUUAUCAAGUUCUUGGAGAUUGUGACGAAUUUGUUCGUGCUGUGAAACGAGAAAUCCCUGAUUUAUUCUUAACUCAAGAACAAUUGGAUUCCAAAAAAUUGAAAUAUAAAUCAAGUCCAAUCAAAUCUAUGGGUGGUAAUGCAUUGACAACUCCUCCAUGUACCCCUACGAAAUUGAAACGAGAAGUAUCAGAGGCUCUUUUCAAAUUGAAAACUGAGCCUGGCAUGGAAAGUGCUAGAAAGAGACUUAAUUUGUCUAUACCGACCCCUGAACUUACGCCAGCCUCGAGUUUUGAUGAGAAACAUACUAAUGGAUUAAGAAUGAGAACAGAUUCAGAAUUAAAUCAAAUCAAAUUGGAGAAGGAAGUAAACACUCCAGUGAAAAGAGAGCACAAUGAAGAUAAAGAAAUUAUAAGGAGAGGUGCUUCUAAAAGAGUCAAAAUAUAG